CCAACCAUCGCCCCUUCUCCCGUCGCCCCCUUCUCGUAUACCACCUCCCACUCCAGUCAACCCUCCCAAUGAUGGACCGCCUCUUCGCACCCCAGAGCGCUGAAGCACAGGCCCAUACACGCCUCACCGAAAACUGGUUCACCUGGGACCAGGAUCACCCGAGCCUCGACGAGACCGUUACCGCCGCAUGCGCCACCUACCAGGCGUUCCAAAGAUAUCUCAGCGGUCGGGAUCUGUACCUGGUGCCGCGCUCGUUUGUCGACCUGGAGGGCGUCCUCCGGAGAUACGCGUACGACGGCAUCCACAACACAGUGGCGAAGUCGCGUUCCGCGCUCGAGCGAGGCGGCUAUGUCAGGAUGUGUCACCUCGUUGAACUGUCCAUCAACAAGGUGCUCAAGGAGAACGACAACGCCUCCUUCCUCCUCGCGAUGCACGCCCCGCGGCAGGAGACGCGCUCCCCUAAGCUGGGGUCGUCCACGCGUUCUAUCAGGAUCAAGUAGUGCGUUUGGGCGCGCCUGGUCUGUUGUUGUCCCUGCUUUGUGAUUCUUCCUUGCUGUUCUGUCCUGCAACUGUACCAUCAUCCGCAACUCGAACGAGUACACUACGCCGGCUCGGUGUGUAAUCUGUAUAUGUACAUGAGACUUUGCCGCGACUCUACUUGUAAUGCUAUUUGCACAUUUUCUU